AUGGCCAGUGACGAAAGCAAAGAAACGCAUGUCCAGUAUGGAAGUGAGGAAGGAAGUAUCGACCGAACCCAAACAGCAGACGAUGGGGAGAGAAGCCAGAUCUUUGACAGUGAUAGCCAGCACCCAAAGGUACCCCGACUCUUAUACGAUUUCAGACUCGAGAAUACUCGCCUAAUAAUGGUCCUCGUCGGCUUCGGCAUGUCCUUCGUCGGCUCCCAGAUCCAGCCGCUCCUGUUCGCCCCCAUCUUCCCUCUCGUCUCAUCUUCCUUCAACGCCUCAAACCUUCUCUUCUGGUUCACAUGCACACAGCAGAUUGCGACCGGUGUGGUGGCUCCAUUUUCAGGGUCCUUGGCCGACCUAUUUGGACGCAAGUCCAUCACGCUGGCUGGGAUCCUGUCUGCCAUGGUCGGGAUGAUCCUCUGCGCUGCAAGUCCAUCAGCCGGCGGGUACCUGGCCGGGCAAGUCUUCAAUGGGUUUGGAAUCGCAGUGCAGGAACUCAUGGCCAUUGCGGCAAUCGCCGAGAUUGUCCCUACCCGGUACAGAGGCUACUACAUUGCAGCCGUGGUAGCGAGCUUCCUCCCCUUCGCGCCGGGAAGUCUCUACGGCGCAUUGAUCGCGCAACACAACUGGCGGUACUGUGCGUGUAUGGUAGCGAUCUGGAAUCUUCUGACAGCUGGGAUGAUCUGGUGGUUUUAUAACCCACCUCCCCGUACGAACACGGCCGGCUUAAGCAAGAUCGAAAAAGUGAAACGCAUUGACUCCAUCGGCGGGCUAAUCAUGACUGCUGGCCUGGUUUUCCUUCUUAUAUCGCUGAACUGGGGAGGGCAGCAGUAUCCCUGGAACGAGGCAAAAGUCAUUGCCUUCCUGACGCUUGGGAUCGCGCUGCUGAUCCUGUUUUUCGUAUAUGAAAAGUUUUUCGCAGCGUACCCCAUGUUCCCUUCGACGUUACUGAGACACCCAAGGACGUUCACGGCGCUCAUGGUGGUUAUUCUCCUCGCAGGGAUUAACUAUGUUGCCCUGCUGGUCUUCUGGGUCCUUGAAGCAGUGAGCGUGUUUGAUUCCAGCCAGUUUGAGCUCGGGGUUCGGACCAUGCCGUACGGAUUCUGUAUUGUUGGCGGUGCUAUCAUCUCUGCCAUUUUGAUUUCAGCAUUUAAGGGGCAUCUGCGACUUAUCAUGACGGGAUUCUGCGUGGUUCAAGUGACUCCACUGACACAGGCAGGAAUUGGUUGCAUGGCCGCUAUCAGGACCUCUGACAUCUCCACUGUUUGGGCGCCCCUGAUCUUCAGCCUUCUGGGCAUCGGCGGUGUCCUCGUUCCAAAUCAGAUCAUCGUGACGAUAAUCUGCCCUGACGACCUCCUCGCAACCGCAACGUGUCUGACAGCAUGUCUCCGCGCCGUAGGUCAGGUCAUCGGCACAAGUAUCUUCUUCAAUCAGUUUACGUCUGCGCUGGUCGCGAAUACGUAUAGUCAUGUUGUGCCGGCGGCGAUCGAGGCAAAAUUCUAUCAGUUCAAUAUGAUAGCGCCGAUGAUGGAGACGCUUGUUACGACGCCCUGGAAGGAGUGGGUGGUUACUGUUAAGGAUACAAUUACCCCUGAACAGGCGACUAUUCUGCAUACUGCUGUCGUCGAGGCGUUCAGACUUGCGUUCGAAAGGGUGUGGUAUAUAUCGAUUGGAUUUGGCGUCGCAGCUGUGCUGGCCAGCGUGUUGAUAGAGGACCUGGGUGCGUUGAUGGACGGGCAUAUUGCCGUGAAGUAUCUCUAG